GAGGAGCAGUGCCGUGAAGGAAAGACGUAGCAGCGGGUGAUGGUUGGCAUGGAGAUGCGGCGGGCCAUCUUGAACCUUGUGGUGAUACAAGCCACAGUGUCGGCGCCAUGGUGGACCAGCAAGUGUCAGCAGAUUUCUGCGGCUCACACCUCUGGGAUACCAACCUUACGUGGAAUGCUGAAACUCCAGAGCUGACACGUUGUUUUGAGAGGACAGUGCUGGUGUGGGUGCCUUGUGGAUUUUUAUGGUUAUUUGCACCAUUGCAGACACAUUAUAUUCUCUGUAGUGUGAAUAAGCUAGUGCCAUGGACAUGGCUCAACAUCUCUAAACUAGUUGGGUCUGCACUUCUGUUGGUGCUUCAGUUUAUUGAUUUUUUUUAUGCUGUCCACAAGUGGAGAAUUGGAGAGGAUGUUUAUUCUGUCGAUUUUGUUACCCCUUUGGUUAUCUUCGUAUCAGUAUUACUUCAGGCAGCCUGGGUGUUGCUGGAGAGAAAACAAGGAAUUCAGAGCUCGGGCUACCUCUUCAUCUUCUGGUUUCUGGCUGUGAUUUGUGCCAUCCCUGAGUAUAGUAGCUAUUUCAUCAAUAUCCACCAUCAGGUGACUGAGACCUGGACCUUAAGUUUUGGUACCUUUAUGGUAUACUUUCCUUUGGUCCUAGCGAUGUUUAUUUUCAACUGUUUUGGUGAUGCGACGCCACAGUAUGUUGCCCACUCAAGAGGAGAGAGGCCAUGUCCAGAGUCUGGUGCAUCAUUCCUCAGUCGAAUAACGUUCUCCUGGAUGGAUAGCUUAUUUUGGAGGGGUUAUAAGACACCACUUCAGGAAACUGAUGUUUGGGAUUUAUCUUAUGAAAAUUCUUCCCGCACAGUAGUUUCAGCUUGGGACAAAAAUUGGAGAAAAACCACUUCAAAAUCUUACAAGAAGUUCUGGAACAACUUUGGGAGGGGUGAGUCGCACACUUCUGCCACUUGCAGCAACAAUGCUACUUAUGUUGAACUCACUGGCAUUGCAUCCAACAACCAGUACUACCUGUCUAUUCUGCCUACUAUGGUGCGCAUGUUUGCUCCCUCAUUCCUCAUGGGUGCCUUGCUCAAGUUCAUCCAUGAUGUACUACAGUUCCUGAGCCCUCAGAUUCUUGGCUUAUUAAUAAAGUUUUCUGAAAGUAAAGAGGAUCAAGAACCCAUGUGGCAUGGAUACCUGUAUGCUCUUCUGUUGCUGUUGUGUGCACAACUGCAAUCUCUUAUUCUUGGUCAGUAUUUUAUGAAGAUGAUGCUAGUGGGGCUACAAAUACGAACUGGAGUUAUCUCUGCAGUUUAUCGUAAGGCAAUGAAAAUUUCUAAUUCUGCUAGAAAAGAAUCAACAGUUGGAGAAAUUGUAAAUUUGAUGUCAGUUGAUGCUCAGCGCUUCAUGGACCUCACAACAUAUGUAAACAUGUUAUGGUCUGCACCACUACAAAUUUCUAUAGCCCUUUACUUCCUCUGGGACCUCCUAGGUCCCUCUGUACUUUCUGGCUUGGCAGUUAUGAUUGUGCUCAUCCCCGUGAAUGGGGCAAUUGCCAAUAAAAUGAAGUUGCUACAGGUCAAACAGAUGAAGAACAAGGAUCAGCGUGUUAAGCUCAUGACUGAAAUCCUUAAUGGAAUAAAGGUUCUAAAAUUAUAUGCUUGGGAGCCUUCAUUUGAGGAACAAGUGAUUGCUGUACGUAAUAAGGAAGUAAAGAUUCUGAAGCAAACAGCAAUCCUGAAUGCAGUCACAAAUUUCACCUGGACCUGCACCCCUUUUCUAGUUUCCCUGGUUACUUUUGCUACUUAUGUAAAUAUAUCCGAAGAAAAUAUUCUAGAUGCAAAAACUGCUUUUGUGUCUCUCACAUUGUUUAAUCUUCUACGCUUUCCCAUUGUUAUGCUGCCUAUGCUCAUCUCUAAUAUAGUGCAGGCACGUGUUUCACUUAAAAGGAUGAACAAAUUUAUGAAUGCGGAUGAGCUGGAUCCCAAUAGUGUUUCAAGAGACUGUAGAGAGAAUAAGCCAAUUGUAAUUGAGAAUGGAACCUUUGCAUGGGGUCAUGGGGAAGAUGAUAGUCAAGCAGUGGUUAAGGGCAUCAAUAUGAGUAUUUCCGAGGGCUCCUUGGUCGCUGUGGUUGGGAGUGUUGGAGCAGGCAAAUCCUCCCUCUGCUCAGCCAUUCUUGGAGAGAUGGAAAAAAAGUCUGGAAGAGUCAAUGUUAAGGGCCACAUUGCAUUUGUGCCUCAACAACCCUGGAUCCCAAAAAUCCCAAAAUUUGGGAAAAUUACUUUUCAUGGGCAAAGAAAAGGGAUCACUACAAUGCUGUAA